CACCCUACCGCGAGCCUCCCCUCCCCCCGCUUCCUUUCCUGGGGGGGAGGGGGGCUGUCGCCCGCGAUUGAAGGCCAUUGAUUUGUAUGUCUUGGUCCCAGCGCCGAGGCUGCCCGAGCCGCCCGCGCCGGAGCCGCCGCUGCCCGCGGAGUUGCCUCCCUGCUUGCCGAGGGUGGUGCGGCUCCAGCCAACAUGUCGGCUCCGCUCGGGCCCCGGGGCCGGCCGGUGGCCACCCCGGCGGCCUCGCAGCCUCCUCCGCAGCCCGAGAUGCCGGACCUCAGCCACCUCACGGAAGAGGAGCGGAAGAUCAUCCUGGCCGUCAUGGAUCGCCAGAAGAAAGAAGAGGAGAAGGAGCAGUCCGUGCUCAAGAUCAAAGAAGAACCCAAACCACAAGCGACACAGUGGUUUCCCUUUAGUGGGAUCACUGAACUGGUAAAUAACGUUCUUCAGCCCCAGCAAAAACAACAAAAUGAAAAGGAGCCCCAGACAAAACUGCAUCAACAAUUUGAAAUGUAUAAGGAACAAGUAAAGAAGAUGGGAGAAGAAUCUCAACAGCAGCAAGAACAGAAGGGCGAUGCCCCAACCUGUGGUAUCUGCCAUAAAACAAAAUUCGCGGAUGGAUGCGGCCAUAACUGUUCUUAUUGCCAAACGAAGUUCUGCGCUCGUUGUGGAGGUCGAGUGUCAUUACGCUCAAACAAGGUAAUGUGGGUAUGUAAUUUGUGCCGAAAACAACAAGAAAUCCUCACCAAAUCAGGAGCAUGGUUUUAUAACAGCGGGUCUAACACACCCCAGCAGCCGGAUCACAAGGUUCUUCGAGGGCUUCGGAAUGAGGAGGCUCCUCAGGAGAAGAAAGCAAAGCUGCAUGAGCAGACCCAGUUCCAAGGACCCUCAGGUGACUUAUCUGCGCCUUUAGUGGAGAAAGCGCGAUCUCAUGGACUCACCAGACAGAAUUCUAUUAAAAAUGGGUCAGGAGGGAAGCACCCGAUCGCCAGUGACAUUCCUUCAGACAGGAAAAGAAGUCCAUCAGUGUCCAGGGAUCAAAAUCGAAGAUACGACCAAAGUGAAGAGAGAGAGGAGUAUUCACAGUAUGUCCCUUCAGACAGCACAAUGCCCAGAUCGCCAUCAGAUUAUGCUGAUAGACAAUCUCAACAUGAACCUCAGUUUUAUGAAGAACCUGAUCAUUUAAAUUAUAGGGAUUCUACCAGGAGAGGCCAUAGACAUUCCAAAGAGUAUCUUGUAGACGACGAGGAUGUGGAGAGCCGAGACGAGUAUGAAAGACAGAGGAGGGAGGAGGAGUACCAGGCGCGCUACAGAAGCGAUCCGAAUCUGGCCCGGUAUCCGGUAAAGCCUCAGCCCUAUGAAGAACAAAUGCGCAUCCACGCGGAAGUGUCCCGAGCACGACACGAGAGAAGGCACAGUGAUGUGUCUUUGGCAAAUGCUGAACUAGAAGAUUCCAGGAUUUCUCUGCUAAGGAUGGAUCGACCAUCAAGGCAAAGAUCUGUCUCUGAACGGAGAGCUGCGAUGGAAAAUCAACGAUCCUAUUCAAUGGAAAGAACUCGAGAGGCUCAGGGACACAGUGCUUAUCCACAAAGGACCACAAAUCACAGCCCCCCCACUCCCCGGCGGAGCCCUAUACCGGUCGAUAGACUGGACAUGCGGCGCGCCGACUCUCUGCGGAAGCAGCACCACUUAGAUCCCAGCUCUGCCGUCAGGAAAACGAAACGGGAAAAAAUGGAAACCAUGUUAAGGAAUGAUUCUCUGAGUUCAGACCAGUCGGAGUCAGUGAGGCCCCCGCCACCAAAGCCUCAUAAAUCCAAGAAAGGAGGUAAAAUGCGCCAGGUUUCGCUGAGCAGCUCCGAGGAGGAACUGGCGUCCACACCGGAGUACACGAGUUGUGACGAUGUUGAGAUCGAGAGCGAGAGCGUGAGUGAGAAAGGGGACAGUCAAAAGGGAAAAAGAAAAACUAGCGAGCAGGGAGUUUUGUCGGAUUCUAACACCAGGUCUGAGAGACAAAAGAAAAUCAUGUACUGUGGUGGCCACUCUUUGGAAGAGGAUUUGGAAUGGUCCGAGCCCCAGAUUAAGGACUCUGGGGUAGAUACCUGUAGUAGCACCACUCUUAACGAGGACCAUAGCCAUAGUGAGAAGCACCCUGUGACCUGGCAGCCAUCCAAAGAUGGAGAUCGCUUAAUUGGUCGUAUUUUAUUAAAUAAGCGUUUGAAAGAUGGGAGUGUACCUCGAGAUACAGGAGCAAUGCUGGGCUUAAAGGUCGUGGGAGGGAAGAUGACGGAGUCAGGGCGGCUUUGUGCGUUUAUUACCAAAGUGAAAAGAGGAAGCUUAGCUGAUACCGUGGGACACCUUAGACCAGGUGAUGAAGUUUUAGAAUGGAAUGGGAGGCUAUUGCAGGGAGCCACGUUUGAGGACGUUUACAACAUCAUCCUAGAGUCCAAACCUGAACCCCAGGUUGAGCUUGUUGUUUCAAGGCCGAUUGGAGAUAUACCUAGAAUACCUGAUAGCACACACGCACAGCUGGAAUCCAGUUCUAGCUCAUUUGAAUCUCAAAAAAUGGAUCGUCCUUCUAUAUCCGUUACCUCUCCCAUGAGUCCUGGCAUGUUAAGGGACGUCCCGCAGUUCUUGUCUGGACAGCUUUCAAUAAAACUAUGGUUUGACAAGGUUGGUCACCAGUUGAUAGUCACCAUUCUGGGUGCAAAGGAUCUCCCUUCCAGAGAAGAUGGGAGGCCACGGAAUCCUUAUGUUAAAAUUUACUUUCUUCCAGACAGAAGUGAUAAAAACAAGAGAAGAACAAAGACAGUGAAGAAAACACUAGAACCCAAAUGGAACCAGACCUUCAUUUACUCUCCUGUCCACCGAAGAGAGUUCCGGGAGCGAAUGCUGGAGAUUACCCUUUGGGAUCAAGCUAGGGUUCGGGAAGAAGAGAGUGAAUUCUUAGGAGAGAUUCUGAUAGAACUGGAAACCGCGCUGCUGGAUGACGAACCACACUGGUACAAACUCCAGACCCACGACGUCUCUUCACUGCCCCUCCCUCACCCUUCUCCAUAUUUGCCACGAAGACAGCUCCAUGGGGAGAGCCCGACACGCAGGUUACAAAGGUCGAAGAGAGUGAGUGACAGUGAGGUGUCCGACUACGACUGUGAUGAUGGCGUUGGGGUCGUGUCCGAUUAUCGUCACGAUGCUCGAGACCUUCAAAGCUCCACAUUAUCAGUGCCAGAACAAGUGAUGUCAUCAAACCAUUGUUCGCCAUCAGGGUCUCCUCAUCGAGUCGAUGCUAUCGGAAGGACUAGGUCAUGGUCACCAAGUGUGCCCCCUCCACAAAGUAGGAACGUGGAGCAGGGGCUGCGAGGGACACGUGCUCCUGGUCAUUACAAUACGAUUAGCCGGAUGGACAGACACCGGGUGGUGGAUGACCGUUAUUCUCCAGACAGAGACAGGGAUUGUGAAGCAGCAGAUAGACAGCCAUAUCACAGAUCCAGAUCAACAGAACAGCGGCCUCUCCUAGAGCGGACCACCACCCGCUCCAGAUCCUCUGAACGUCCUGAUACAAACCUCAUGAGGUCGAUGCCUUCAUUAAUGACUGGAAGAUCUGCCCCUCCUUCACCUGCCUUAUCGAGGUCUCACCCUCGGACCGGGUCUGUCCAGACAAGUCCAUCCAGUACUCCUGUAACAGGACGGAGGGGCCGGCAGCUGCCACAGCUCCCACCCAAGGGAACGUUGGAGAGAAGUGCUAUGGAUAUAGAGGAGAGAAAUCGCCAAAUGAAAAUUAACAAAUACAAACAGGUAGCCGGAUCAGAUCCCAGACUGGAGCAAGAUUACCAUUCGAAGUAUCGAUCAGGAUGGGAUCCACAUAGAGGGGCAGAUACUGUUUCCACUAAGUCCUCCGACAGUGAUGUAAGUGAUGUAUCUGCGGUGUCCAGGACUAGUAGUGCUUCUCGUUUCAGCAGCACAAGCUACAUGUCCGUCCAAUCAGAGCGGCCGAGAGGAGACAGAAGAAUCAGUGUCUUUACAUCCAAAAUGCAAAGCAGACAGAUGGGCGUGUCAGGGAAGAGCAUGACCAAGAGCAGCAGCAUCAGUGGAGACAUGUGCUCACUGGAGAAGAAUGACGGCAGCCAGUCGGACACCGCCGUGGGCACCUUGGGGACCAGUGGCAAGAAGCGACGCUCUAGCAUUGGGGCCAAAAUGGUAGCUAUUGUUGGUCUCUCCCGGAAAAGCCGCAGUGCGUCUCAACUCAGCCAAACCGAAGCAGGGGGUAAAAAGCUCCGGAGCACUGUCCAGAGAAGCACGGAAACCGGCCUGGCGGUGGAGAUGAGGAACUGGAUGACCCGGCAGGCCAGCCGGGAAUCCACAGACGGCAGCAUGAACAGCUACAGCUCCGAAGGAAACCUGAUUUUCCCUGGUGUCCGCCUGGCCUCUGACAGCCAGUUCAGCGAUUUCCUCGACGGCCUGGGCCCUGCUCAGCUAGUGGGACGCCAGACCCUGGCUACUCCUGCGAUGGGUGACAUUCAGGUGGGAAUGAUGGACAAAAAGGGACAAUUGGAGGUGGAAAUCAUCCGGGCUCGCGGCCUUGUUGUGAAACCAGGUUCCAAGACACUGCCAGCACCGUAUGUCAAGGUGUAUCUAUUAGACAACGGAGUCUGCAUAGCCAAAAAGAAGACGAAGGUGGCGAGGAAGACGCUGGAGCCCCUGUAUCAGCAGCUGUUGUCCUUCGAGGAGAGCCCCCAGGGGAAGGUGUUACAGAUCAUUGUCUGGGGAGAUUACGGCCGCAUGGAUCACAAAUCCUUCAUGGGAGUGGCCCAGAUACUUUUAGAUGAACUGGAACUGUCCAAUAUGGUCAUUGGGUGGUUCAAACUCUUCCCUCCCUCCUCCCUGGUGGACCCCACCUUGGCACCUCUGACAAGAAGGGCUUCCCAGUCAUCUCUGGAAAGUUCCACUGGACCUUCUUACUCUCGCUCAUAGCAACUGUAAAACUGUUGUCACCUCUACCAGCGACACACACACGAAGAAAACGCACAGGUCGGAAGCCCUGGCAACACUGCAUGCUUAAUGUUGUGUCCUUGGAGCCCACACCUAGGGCUCCAAAGCGACCCUGUGUCCUCAGAGGGGGUCGUCCACACUGUGCCCUGCGAAGGCCCUCAGGUGACGGAGCAGAGCUGUGAAGAACUGUCGGGUUUGGAGUUCAGUGACGCUCGAGAUCCAGUCCAAUCUGAAGCCAUGGAUUCAUCUCAAAGAAUCAGUCAGCCCUUUUCAAUGGCACCUUUAUAUUUUUAUCGUUUUUCUUCGUUUCUCUGACCCCAAAGCCUGUUACGCCACAGAAAUGGAGCUCUACAGCCAUUAAGCCACACUGCAGGCCAAGGAGCAAAGUCCAGGAAGUGUCAGGUGGAAAGCAAGAGACCAAAGAAGUGGCCGGCCGGGAGCGGAGUCGGCUCCGGCAGGGAGACUCUGGGGAGCUCCGGGAGCAUGGCGGGCGCUGAUGCGGCCGCGGUAGGACUCUGGAAACCCGAAGUCUGUGACUGUACUGCACUGGAUGAAAUCAAAGAAACUUUCCUGCAUGGACACAGAUAGCUGAAUAUUUAAAUUAUUUUCUCGGGGCUGCAACUUGCAAAAAAAAAAUAAUAAAAUAAAAUAAAAAUCAGCCAUUUUCAACAAUUUAUAUUAUUUUUAAAAAUAAAUUUCACUAGUGCAUGGUUUUAAAAUGGGAGCGAAUGCCGCAGGGUGAUACCAAGACACGCCAUGUUUAUUCUCUACUCUUAGUCUGUGUUUUGGCAGACAUUACCAAUGGAAAUACUUUCUAGCAGAUACUGAAAAUCCUCUUUCUGUGACAAUAGUAUAAUAUACUCCAUUUAUUUCCAUGUUAAAUAUACAGAUCUUACGAAGUUCAAUGUGUGCAGGUUUUUCACGUCUUUCCUCUUUUUCUCUAUCUCACUUUUCUUCUCAUUUUUAACCUCCUCUUUCCUUUCUCUCCUCCGGAGUGACCCUUACACUAAAGCCCUGCACGUCUUUGACCUGACCCCAUAUUUGGUUCAGAGCCCAGGUGCAUCUGAAUUGAUGAAUUUCUCACGUCUGUUGGGGAGCUCUCUUUAUCUCAGGCAUGUUGGAAGGAUCCCACAACAUGACUGGGAUAUAGAGCAAGUCAGCAUGUGUUUGACAAAGAGGGUGUCUGAACAUUCGAAGUUUAUUCGACAGUGCAUGGGAAUUCUCUUUUCACCUCAAAGCCUCAGUUUCCAGGACCCCUAAAGUCAUGUGGCGCCGUCACGUCUCACGGAUUUGUUUGCAGCACCAGCAUUAUCCACACGGGGGUUAAGCAUUGUUUGUAGGCCUUAGGUUUUGUUUGUUUUCUAAUUCGUUGGAACAGUUUCUUUAGCUGAUUUCCAUUUACUAUGUGAAUAGAAACACGGCCGACUAUGUGGAGCCCUGAAACACAGGGAUGUUUAUUAAUUCAUUUUUCUGUAGGAAAAUUCAAUUUUUCACAAAUUAUAUUUCUAAAGAAAUAUAGUAAACAUAAAUUUGCAAGAAUUUUAAAGCUCCAAUAUUUGGGUGACUCCAAGUCAAUAUGAUGCCUCUUACUAGUUAUCCGAUGCCAUCACCAAACGUCUACACACAAACCCUCAAGGCAAACCGCGCCUUUGGUCUACGGGCAGUUUCUACCAUUGAGUGGCGCUGCCAGGUCCAGUUUCUCUCCAGGUCCCUAAGAGAGGAAAUGUCACUGGUCAUCAUAAGUCACCCAUCCUUCCCGUUCCUCACGUAGGCUUUGAUCCCACGCCCUUAGAGAUUGGUGUUAACUCCUUGCAAUGAUUUUCUGAAGUCCAUCUCCAUCCCGUUGGUUUAAAUGGAGGCCAUGCACACAGAAAUGUCUUUGUUUCUCUUUCCACAUCCAACGCUGACCAUUGCAAACCAUCAUGCUUGGCGUGGUGCAGAAGUCGAAACGAGCUGCCACUCACAACGCCUUCUCUUUAUGCGGUGCAGCAUGAGCUAGCUACACCCAGACCGUGUCUUGAUUUUCUGAGACCUAGGACAGAGCCAGGUGAAGGCGAGGUAAGGAGGAGCACGGUGUGAUGAGACAACUUAGACACCUGUGUACCAGCAGCGACGUGGGUGGAUAGAUCUGUAGCGUCUUUGCUCUCCCUGACCGUGUUCCCGACACUAAAAUGCAGUCACGUGAUCUUUUCUGCAUAUUCCGAUACACAUUAUUUCUAAUUUUAAUAAGAAGGACAUGACUGUGGAAUAUUUGUACAUACUUGUCAUUACGCAGUAUUUAUUUUAAAGUUGGUGUACUUUUUUUUUUAACUUUCACAUGUCUGCACCUCUAUGGCUCCAUCGUGUAAAUAGCGCUAUGCCAGUGACUGUUGCUGCCCUGUAUAUAGAACGUUUUCAAGUAAAGGGAAUCCCGGCUGCGGGACAACAGGGGGUGGGGAGGGCAGAUUAGGCCUGUAACAAAUACCGACUGAUGUAAAUCCAAUUCAUUCUGGUGAUGGUAUUUAACUCUUUCAAUAAAACAUUUUCUUUACA